AUGAAAGGUCAUCGAAGAUCGAUUGUUGUGGAAUUGUGGAAUGAUUCGUUAGUUCAAAGUGCUCGCACUGCUGCCAUCCAACACAGACAAACGCACACAAACACAUACACAUAUGAUUACCAAGAGACAUGGGGGUGGUGGGUCCUUCACAUUGGAACGCCAACUUUGUCCUUAUUUGGAAUACCUGGAAAUCUCCUGACCAUUAUCAUCAUGCGGUCGAACAAGUAUCGGUCCAAGUCCUACUCGCAUUUUUUAACGUCGCUGGCAGUUUUCGAUAGCAUCAUCCUCAUUAGCAAAUGCACCAAACGAAUGUUGUACAAUUCAGCUGGGUUCGAUGAAAUUACUUUACUAGGUACGAUCCUCUGCAAGCUGCACAACUUCUCACUGCACGUCUGCUACCUGAUGACGUCGUGGUUGGUGAUCUGCCUGACUAUCGAGAGGCUCAUCGCUGUACAUUACCCAUUCCUGAAGAUCAGACUCUGCAGAGCGAAACAAGCGACCAUCAUCAUAAUAAUCUUAUUUCUCAUUCUUUCCUACUCCCAGAUCUUCCGUUUGGUUCACAUUGGAAUGUAUAAAACGAAGCAGGCCUACGUGUGCACAAGUGACCUGAGGUACCUGAGGACUUAUUUGAUUCUGCACACCUACGUUUACCAGUUGGUACUUCAAUGCGUCAUUCCGAGUAUCUCCAUCAUCUCCUGCAACAUGUUCCUGCUCUUCAAGUUGAAGUUCAAGUUCAAAAUGCUGAAAGGUCGUCACAUGAGGGAUAGCAUUUCUUCAACCCAUUCGAAAAAAUCUAGUUUGGACCUAAAGACAACAUUUAUGUUGCUGGUCAUCAGCUUCUUGCACGUCGUCACGCUGGUUCCUACUGUUGCACUGACCAUCGUCGUCCACAUCACCAUAGCCCUUAAGAAGGACCUUGGACUGAGCAUUUUUCUCUACACUGUUAACAUCAGCAGCAUUAAUCUUUUUUCCAUCUUUUUAGAAAUUGCCGUAAGUAUUUUGAGAUUUACUUUUGGCGAAGUUUUUCAAUUGAAACCUCACAAAGCCUCCAAUGAACCGAUUUGGAUUUUUAACUAUAAAAAACUGGCACUAGAAUAUUUCAAGCAGAGCAACAUUAAAAGGUACCUACUUACAUGUAGCAAUCUAUGUGCCAAAUUCAGAGUCUGA